ACACAUUUGUGAGCCUGCUGCUAUUCCUAGUUUUCAAUCCUUUCAAUUUGUUAUUUGUGGAGCUUGUUGGAUUUUGUCCAAAUCUCGCCAUGUGGUGUGCUGGUCCCUGGCCUUCCGGGAGGUUCUCGCAUGCAAGUCAUUAUCAGCUACUGCCCCCGGCUGGCCCUCAGCAUCCUGACCGAGGCUUGGCAGGGCACCUUUCAUCUUCCCGCCUCUACAGGGACAGAGAAUAGAAACCGGCCACUGGAGCACUCUUGUUUCUUCUUCUAUUUUUGUAAUUUCCGGUCCUGACUUCCUCAAACAUCUGAGGAACCCACCUCUUCACUCUGAGGUAAAUGCUUUUUUUGGCGAGAGAGCAUCUCGAAUCACAGUCCCCGACCUCGCCCUCAUGCUGCUGACGCUCUUGCUGUUGCUCUGUGCUCAGCGCUGUGAACCGGCAGAGCUGUUUUUGACAGUCAGCCCUUCUCAGCCCGUAGAGGGGAACUCAAUGAACCUGACCUGCAGGACCCGGCCCCCUCUGCAGAUAGGCAUCCGGCUCCAGUUCUGCUUCUUCAAAGAUGUGUCCGUCCUGGGGCCGAGCUGGACCGACUCCCCGGAGCUCCGGGUCCCUGCCCUGACGAGGGCUCAUUCAGGCUCCUACUGGUGUGCAGCUCGGACUACUGAGGCAGCACCGAAGACCCUCCGGAGCAGGAGAGUCCAGAUCCUUGUGCGGAGAGUCCCCGUCCACACCGUGAGCCUGGAGACGCGGCCUCCGGGGGGCCGAGUGAUGGAGGGAGAGACGCUGGUGCUGGUCUGCGUGGCCGCUGGGGGCACAGGGGACAUCACCUUCCGCUGGUACAGAGGGCCCCUGGGCUCCAAACUGGGAGAGAGGACCCAGCCCUCCCUGGCCGCCGAGUUUGAGGUCCCAGCGGUGAGAGAAGGCGAGGAGACCUACUACUGUGCGGCAGACAAUGGCCACGGCCCCAGCCUCAGCGGGCUGGUGAGCAUCGCCGUCGGAAUUCCAGUGUCGCAGCCUGUCCUCACCGUCCAGGCCCCGGGGGCCGAGAAGGCGGCGGGGGAGGCGGUGGAGCUGCACUGCGAGGCCGCCAGGGGCUCUCCCCCGAUCCUGUACCUGUUCUACCACGAGGACGUCCGCCUGGGGAGCCGCUCGGCCCCCUUCGGAGGGGGAGCAUCCUUCAACCUCUCCCUGACCGCAGACCACUCCGGGAACUACUCCUGCGAGGCCGACAACGGCCGGGGGCCCCGGCGCAGCGAGGUGGUGCCACUCCACGUCACAGCUCAAGACGUCUGCUCUUCAUAUCGAAGUCCUUCUCCUCGGCAGCUCACCCACAGGUCUCUCUCCUCAGUGCCCGCGGAGGACGGAGAGAGUCUUCCUCCAGCCAUCCUUGAGGGGCUGCUCGGCAGCCUUGGUCUCACCGCCGUGGCCCUGAUAGUUUGCUGUUGGCUCAAGAGAAGAGCAGGUGAGUAUUUGUGGAGAUUGGAAGACGCUCAGCCAGGGAUCCACCCAGUGAAUGUUGUCAGCGGAGGUGAGGUUUACUCCCUGGUGUACCAUACGCAACAGGAGCGGCAAUCGGCAGCAGCACCAUCCCUGAGGACACGGGUGCAGGGCACGGACCCCUCGGCCAUCUACUCCAGAGUGAAUACUGCAAGCACUUCAGAUGACGACUAUGAAGAUGCCAUGUAA